AUGGCUGAACUUAGAGAAUUAUUAAAGGAUGAUCAUAAAGUAAAAUAAAUUGCAAUAGCUGCAUUUAAUACAGUAGAUACUGAUAAAAGUGGAUAUAUAGAUUUAGAUGAGUUAGAAGCACUUAUGAAGGAUAUGGCUGGAUAACUUAACAUUCAAGCACCUACAAAACACGAAGUAAGUAACGCUUUCAAAGAAAUAGAUGCAGAUAAAGAUAAGAGAAUAAGUUUAGAAGAAUUUACAGUUAUGGUUAGGGAAAUUCUGAGACUGAUGGCAGGUUUAUGA